UGCUGUCCCCUGUCCUCUCCCCGGCGUACUUGCAAGAGACUGCUGUCCCCUGUCCUCUCCCCGGCGUACUUGCAAGAGAGAAAGAGAGAAGAGAGACUGCCAAACAAGCAGCAGGAAUCAGCAGCAGCAGCAGUUCAUCGAAGCCAUCAGCCUCUUGAGCUCCUCUCUUCUGCCAAACGUGCCGGAGCUUUGCGGCAACUCUCCUCUGCUUGUCCGCCUCCCCUUGUAUAUAAAAAACCGCCGCGCUGGGCAGGUGCCGCCACUUUAACUGCCCACGUUCCUCCCGCCAUAAAUGGCCACUUCCGCUCCCUCCUCCUCGCCCCCCUCCCCGCCGCCGCCGGCGCAAGAGGUCCCCGCCGGCGGUGACCGGGGGCAGCCCCACCACCACCCGCUCCUCGCCGCGGCGGCCGCGGCAUCCCUCCUCGCCGUGCUCUACCUCCCCCGGCCGCUGCUGCUGUUCGUGCUCUCCCCCGCCUCGCUAUCCUCCCUGCUCCUCCUCCUCUCCCUCCUCCGCCUCGGCUCCGUGCCGCCGCCUCCAUCGGCGGCCCCCGCUCCUGUCGACCCUCCUCCUACGUCGCCACCGCCGCCAGAGGAGGAGAAAGAGGAGGAGCAGCAGCAGCAGCAGCAGCGUCACGAGGCCGCGCACCCGCCGCUCCCGCCGCCGCCCGAGCGGGAGAUCGUGUUCCCGGCGGAGGCCCUCGAGUUCGCGUCGUGGGCGGCCAAGGGGCGCGCCCUGGAGGUGAUCCACGAGGAGUUCGAGGCGGACUGGGGGCGGCCGGAGGAGAUGGGCCUGUCCUGGGCCUCCGACUCCGACUCGGGCAGCGGCGGCAGCGACGACGACGGCGUCGGCGGCGGGGGCGAGGGGGAGGACGGGAUGAUCGAGAUCUUGCUGGAGGAGGACAGCCUCAUCGAGAUCGACAUCUCCAAGUGCCGGUGACGGGAUCGACUGUCCCGGACGCCACACACGUCUCGCCUCCUCCUUUUUACUUGGGGAUUAAUUUCUUCUUGGUUUCAUUCCACGGGCUUUUUAACAAAACUUUUGCCGAUGAAAGCGUGUGGCAUUUGGAGUUCUUUGAGUGCGUUUAUCUAGAUGGCUUGCCGCAAUGUACAUAUAGGAUGGUGAGGAGAUACUGAGUGAGAAGCGUUGCUGCUUUCCCUUUUUCUCAAACGGAUUGCUUUGCUGAUUUGAGAUGAUCUUGAUGAUGAUAACGUAUUCAGAACCCACAGUUCUUCCGCUCU